AUGCGUUGGUUCUUCACGAAGCUCAGAGAAGUAAUUGGAGACAUUGAGAACCUUGCAUUUGUGACUGACCGGGGACAGUCAAUAAUAAAUGGUAUAGCCAAAGUUUUUCCGGAAGCACAUCAUGGUUAUUGCAUGUACCACAUUCAGGGCAACCUGAAGACUAGGUACCGGGGCAGUGGCAUCGUUGCAUUAUUUAGGAGAGCUGCAGAAGCUUAUAGCUUUGAAGAGUUUACGAAGUUCAUGGGCAAAAUAGAACAUAAAUCAGAAAGUGCAUGGGAAUAUCUAUCAAAUAUGAGGGUCGAACAUUGGGCACGGUCACAUUUUCCAGGACGUCGAUACAACAUGAUGACAUCGAAUAAUGCGGAGUCGCUCAAUACAUUAUUCAAGAAGGAUCGAGAGUUACCAAUUCUCGCAAUAAGUGAACAUAUUCGUAGCAAGUUGCAACAGUGGUUUUAUGAUCGACGUGAGGAAUCCCAGAAUUACACAAGUGUGCUAGCUCCGGCACAGGAAGAUCGACUAUUCAAAACUCUGGAAGUGGCAAAAGCUCUAUUUGUGGAACCACUAGAUCAAUUUCGCUUCUCCGUGAGAUGUGGGCGUAAUGUUGGACACAUUGUAGACUUGAAUGACAAUACCUGCACGUGUAGACAAUUUCAGUUGGAGAGUUUUCCAUGUGCGCAUGCUAUCACAGUGGCUAUGUAUAGAGGAUUUCCACCACACAGCUUAUGCAGUCAUUACAUGGGUUAUUUUUGGAGAGUAGCGUAUGUCGAAACUAUAUUUCCUCUACCAAAUGAAGUCGAGUGGGAAGUUCCUGAUUAUAUUCUAGCACUUAAUAAUUUGUUGUCACCUGAAGUUCGACUGCGUACUCUUGGUUGUAGACGGACGUCUAGAAUACCAUCUACAAGAGAGUUUUCACAACCGCCAUAUUUGAAUUAA